ACGCGUAAUUUAGGGGUGUUGCUUCUUGGGAGCAAUUCAGCUCAGUUUUUUUCACUUUUCAUGCCGAAUUGAAGCGACGUUGUACGGAUACGGAUCAUUGCCAUCCUCCCACCCUCGCACUCGGUCACACCAUUCCAGACCGAUCACAUCAUUGACCGGAACAAGGAAACAAACGUCAAUCACCCCCAAUCAACACCCCCGUGCCACCACCAUGCGCAACCUCAUUUCCACGCUGGCCCUGGCCCUCUAUGCCUCGGCCGCCGCCGCCGAUGCGACCCUCGACCGGCGGCAGGGCACCAGCGCCCUCGCCAACGUCACCUGCGGCCGAAACACCUACUCCCGGUCGCAGAUCGAGGACGCCGUCUUCGAGGGCUGCAGCCUCCACGCCGCGGGCGAGCAGCUCGGCAACAGCCGCUACCCCCACCGCUUCAACAACCGCGAGGGCCUCACCUUCGCCACCGCCGGCCCCUACCAGGAAUUCCCCAUCCUCUCCAGCGGCGCCGUCUACUCCGGCCGAUCCCCCGGCGCCGACCGCGUCGUCUUCAACCCCGACUACGAGGGCAGCUGCGUGUACGUGGGCGCCAUGACGCACACGGGCGCGCCCACCCGCAACGGCUUCGUCGAGUGCGACGAGGUCGCGGGCGACGAGUCGGGCGGCACCACCACCACGCUGAGCCCCAGCAGCAGCGGCACGGCGUCGGGCACGGCGUCGGCGCCGACGGGGACGGAGACGGGGACGGGGUCGGAGGAGGACCCGGAGGAUAAUGCUGCUGCUGCUGCUGGGCUGCACGGGGUGCUGGGGGUGGGUGUUCAGAUGGUUGUGGGGGGGUUGGUGGGGGGUUUGUUGUGGUUGUAGACUGGCUGUCUCGUUGUUGGACUGUCCUGUUGGGGCAUGAGAUGUCUGCGCCCUGGGGAGCGAGGGAUAGGUCGCGCCGUGGUGUGUGGCGGAUUGAGGGGGGUGCGCCGCUUACUAACCGGGGAGCAGAGCUGGGUGUUUGAACCUCUUUUGGAUACACAUCGAGAUAAAGGAGAUAAAGGAGAAAGAGGCUUGCAUUAACAUUCUAAUAUGAGCAUAAUCUAAUCUUCCAACGAUCAUCAACCAAAGUUGGAACGCUUUGACUGCGG